AUGUCAAACAUCGAGAAAUCCACGAGUAGGCAAAAUAGCCCCAAAGUGCGGAUUUACGGACUAGAAAUCCCUGAAGACUACAGAGGAUUGUCAAGUCAAGCUCCGACCACCAGAUAUCAGUUGGUUGGUUCGGGAAAAACUUUCAUAGCAGGAGCUCUCGUCUUGCUGAGUUAUCGAGACAAGUCCCAGACACCGCAAGGACAACGGUUUGCGCCGACGUUGCUAUUGGCCCCAAACAGCACGUUGUUAGGCCAUUACUACGAUUUGAAGGAGGCCUUCCCAGAGCUAAAGUUUUUCCUCUACUACGGUAGUCGAACGUUUGCAAGGGGCCACAACAUACCGGAAGAUCGCCACAUCGAUUCCGCCGCCAUCGACGGAGCGUAUAGUAAUAUUGACAACUCCUCAGACCAUGGUACAACGCGUGACGAGGAAGACUUCAACUCCUUUCCGAUGGAAUUGCCAUUUGGGGCGGACACAUUUGAUUACUGCAAGGUAACUAGGACAAAGGAUUAUGUCCGAGACGAUUUUCUCCGCAAGGAAUGGAUCGAAGAGCUACUGCCUGGAACGUAUGAGCCAGAGGAACGGAGUGGCAACCUGAUUGAUCGUGAGUUGGUUGCCAUCGACCCCGACCGACACUACUUUUCUCGCGUAAUCAUUGAUGAAGCCCACCAAAACAAAAGUUUGGGCGGCUCGGUAGACCAAUUUCUUCGAACAAUCAACCAUGGUGCGGUGCACCUGAUGUCUGCGACCCUGCUGAGCAGCAAUGCCACCGAUAUCGCCGAUGCCGUUCGAUCUUUCUGGAGAUUGUCAAGUAUACCUCCGAUUUCAAGUUACCUCCAUCGCCUUGGAAGUUUAACUGGGCUGUACCAUGAAUCCUACGACCCGUACAAGUCGUUUACGAUCCCCGAAACGAGCGAGGAGACAAAGGCUCUCUUCGAACCGCGAACGUACAGCGAGAACGCCAUCGAGUUACCUCACGCAAUUCAGAAAAUACGGAGAAUCUAUGAGGCUGAUAGUUCACAAAGGCCAUGGAUCUUAUCCCCAGAGCUUUUCCACAAUAUUCUCGAAGAAUGGAAGGCUUCAAACUGCAGGGUGUCCAUGGGGGCAGCCGUUGUGCGAAGUAUCAUCCAUCAGGUGCAAAGACGACGCACAAUGCAAACCCCGCUAAUUCUUCCGGAUGGACGUGAAUCACGCAUUGAGCAUGACGUUUGUCUCCCUAUAAUAGACACCGAGGAGGUAACGUUUGAUAAAGCGGAUGCAAACAGCAUCACGCUGCUCGGCCAAGGUUUGGCGAAGCGUGGAGAUUUGUGA